UAUAUGUUUGUUUUUCUCAUUGUUUAAAUCGUUCACCAAACGUCUCACUUGAAUAGUUAAUUUUUUGCAGUUAAAACUUAUUUUAUAACUUGAAAAUGUCUCUUGCUGAUGAGCUAUUAGCGGAUUUGGAAGACGAUAAUGAUGAAGAGUUGGAAGACAUGGUUAAACAAGAACCGAAAGAGGACUCGGACGAGGAAGAUCAAAAUAAUCCCGGCACUGGCGAAUUCGAGGAGGAAAUAAUUAUGGACAUCAAAGAUGAGCCGAUGGAAGUAGAUGUAAAGGUAUCGUCUGUAAGGGAAAUAUGCAAACUACGUGAUUCCCACAGGCUAGCUAACGUACUAACUCAAAUAGCCGAAUUCAUGAAGUGUCCGCGGCAAUCAUCGGAAAUGAUUGGAAACGUUGAAUCGGACCCAGAAUACCAGUUGAUCGUUGAAGCAAACAACAUCGUUAUCGAUAUCGACAGUGAAAUUUCAACCGUUCAUAAAUUUGUAAAGGAUAAAUAUCAAAAGCGGUUUCCAGAAUUGGAUUCCCUUAUAAUGACCGAAAUGGACUACAUCCGUAGCGUCAGAGAGCUCGGAAACGAUUUGGAUCAAGCGAAAAAUAACGAAAAAUUGCAAGAAAUCCUUACCCAGGCCACCAUUAUGAUUGUUUCGGUUACAGCUUCGACAACUCAAGGAACUCGUUUGGAACCUAUGGAACUGCAAAAAAUAUACGAAGCCUGUAAUAUGGCCAUCGAGCUCAACGAGUUUAAAACCAAGGUUUAUGAUUACGUUGAAAGUAGGAUGACCUUUAUAGCUCCAAACUUGUGUAUGAUUGUAGGAGCUUCCACUGCUGCAAAGCUCGUUGGUCUAGCAGGAGGAUUAACCAAGCUGUCUAAAAUGCCAGCAUGCAACGUUUUAGUGUUAGGGGCCCAGAAGAAAACUUUGUCGGGAUUUUCCAAAGUAGCAAUGCUUCCGCACACUGGUUACGUAUACUAUUCAGAUAUAGUUCAGGAAACUCCUCCAGAUAUGCGUCGCAAGGCAGCCCGAAUGGUAGCGUCUAAAAGCACAUUAGCAGCAAGAGUCGAUGCCUGUCAUGAGAGUCAUUUGGGUGAAAUUGGACAACGUUUUCGUGAAGAGAUUGAAAAAAAGUUGGAUAAGUUGCAAGAGCCCCCUCCGGUGAAAUUCAUCAAACCACUUCCUAAACCAAUCGAGGGCGGCAAAAAGAAACGUGGUGGCAAACGGGUCCGGAAAAUGAAAGAACGUUAUGCUAUAACUGAGUUCCGCAAACAAGCCAAUCGGAUGAAUUUUGGUGAUAUUGACGAGGAUGCCUACCAGGAUGAUUUGGGUUAUACAAGAGGUACCAUUGGCAAAACAGGAACUGGUCGUAUUCGUCUGCCACAGAUUGAUGAAAAAACCAAAGUUCGCAUCAGUAAAACAUUACAGAAAAACCUUCAGAAACAGCAGCAAGUUUGGGGUGGCAGCACAACGGUUAAGAAACAAAUUUCUGGUACGGCAUCAAGUGUAGCAUUUACGCCACUGCAAGGUUUGGAGAUCGUAAAUCCGCAGGCAGCAGAAAGGCCUGUUAGUGAAAGUAAUGCUAAGUACUUUUCUAAUACUUCAGGGUUUUUGUCAGUUGGGAAGAAAACUACGUAGAAAGAAUUCGGAUACAUUGAAAGUUAAUAAAACCCCAUUUACUUGGCAAAACAGGUCAA